GAGCAGGCAGAGCUCGGACACUCAUCCGCCGCCUAGGCUUUUUUUUUCUCUCACGGCGCUCAUCACCGCUUUUCCUCCGACACACAAAAAGCACACUUUUUUUUUCUUACUGCGACUUCCACACAGCUGCAGGCGCAUGCUCAGACCGACCGACCGUUGAUUUAUCCAGGAACUCGGGGACACUGAACAGUUUUAAAGAUGACCACUUCAUGGAGUGACAGACUGCAGAACUAUGCAGACCUGCCUGCCAACAUGGAUGGUUUGGCAAUGAAAAAGUACAGGAGGGAGCCCUACCACAGAGUCUUUGUCAACAGAAGCCUGGCAAUGGAGAAGAUUAAGUGCUUUGGCUUUGAUAUGGAUUACACUUUAGCAGUGUACAAAUCACCUGAGUACGAGUCAUUAGGCUUUGAGCUAACAGUGGAGCGGCUGGUUUCCAUCGGUUACCCCCAGGAGCUGCUCAGCUUCGUCUACGACCCAUCAUUUCCCACCAGGGGCCUUGUGUUUGAUACCAUGUAUGGAAACCUGCUAAAGGUUGAUGCUUAUGGCAAUAUCCUGGUCUGUGUCCAUGGAUUCAACUUCCUUCGAGGCCCUGAGAUCCGUGAACGGUACCCCAACAAGUUCAUCCAGAGGGAUGACACAGAGCGUUUUUAUAUCCUUAACACACUCUUCAACCUGCCAGAGACCUACCUCUUUGCCUGCUUAGUGGAUUUCUUCUCCAACUGUGACAGAUACACAAGCUGUGAAACUGGCUUCAAAGAUGGUGACCUCUUCAUGUCCUAUAAGAGCAUGUUUCAGGACGUUCGGGACGCCGUCGACUGGGUCCACUUCAAGGGUACUCUGAAGGAGAAGACUGUUGAGAACCUGGAGAAGUAUGUAGUGAAAGAUGGAAAGCUGCCUCUUCUCCUCAGCCGCAUGAAUGAGGUAGCCAAGGUUUUCUUGGCUACCAACAGCGAUUACAAAUACACUGACAAAAUCAUGACCUAUCUGUUUGACUUCCCCCAUGGCCCAAAGCCUGGAACCUCCCACCGACCCUGGAAGUCCUACUUUGAUCUGAUCCUGGUGGAUGCCAGGAAACCGCUGUUCUUCGGGGAGGGUACGGUGCUCAGACAAGUUGACACGACAACAGGACGUCUUAAGAUAGGAACCUACACAGGACCUCUGCAACAUGGGAUAGUCUACUCUGGAGGUUCGUCAGACAUCGUGUGCGACUUGCUGGGGGCCAAGGGGAAGGACAUAGUGUACAUCGGGGACCAUAUCUUUGGAGACAUCCUCAAGUCCAAGAAACGUCAAGGCUGGAGAACGUUCCUGGUUAUACCUGAGCUGGCCCAAGAGCUGCACGUGUGGACCGACAAGAGCUCGUUAUUCGAAGAACUGCAGGGCUUGGACAUUUUCUUGGCAGAACUGUACAAACAUCUGGACAGCAGCAGUAAUGAGAGGCCUGAUAUCAGCACUAUUCAGAGAAGAGUCAAGAAAGUGACACACGAUAUGGACAUGUGCUAUGGCAUGAUGGGUAGCCUUUUCCGCAGUGGCUCCAGACAGACCCUGUUUGCCUCCCAAGUGAUGCGAUAUGCCGACCUGUACGCAGCCUCCUUCAUCAACCUGCUGUACUACCCCUUCAGCUACCUCUUCAGAGCUGCACAUGUGCUGAUGCCCCACGAGUCAACAGUCGAACACGCCCACGUGGACAUCGACACAGAGUCGCCGCUGGCCACGCGCAACCGCACACACUGCAGUGACUGCAAGGACCUGGAGUGCAAACGCAACCAGCUGACCCGCUCCUUCAGCGAGAUCAAACCUCCCAACUUAUUCCCUCAGACUCCACAGGAGAUCACUCACUGCCACGAUGAGGAUGAUGAUGAGGAGGAGGAGGAAGAAGAAGAAGAAGAGGAGGAGGAGGAGGAAUAAAUUGGACCUGAAGAGGACAGCCAUGUUCCUGUUCCUGCCUUCUUAUGUUUCCCAGUAGAGUCAGGUUGUGAUUUCUAUCAAAGUGAGGCAGAGCAUCUCCAACAUCUCCAGUCUGUGCAUGUGGGUACAUAUAUAUAUAUAUAUAUAUGUAUACUGUAUAAAUAUACUGUAUGUACACAGACACACACACACUGGAGAGCUCUGAGCAAAGUAUACAGGACCAGUAGCAGAAGAGAUCACAUGACUGUCAGAAGACUGUAUGCAUGUUCGGUCCUCAAUACUAAACUUUUACAAGUUUCAUUUUAACAAACAAAACAAAACAAAAAAAAUGUUUUCUUUUUAAUUGAUUUGAUGUCAGUUUUAUUUUUUCCACCAGACAGACAGAAAGCACAGCCUAGCAAAUAUCACACACUAUUUUUCGUUAUCUUUUUUAUAAGCUGGCGUUUAAGACCUGCUGGUGGAUUCAAGGGGUGUAAUCACAUUUGCUCUUUAAUCCAUCAUAUGUGGUCAUUAUACUGUAAUUCUGACAACGUAUGCACAUUAUAAUCAAAACACUUUACAGUUUAGUUGCCGUAAAAAAAAAAAAAAAAAAGAUGCAUCAAACCAACAUGGGAACAACAUCCGUUUUUUCAUUUGUCUCGUGCCAUUAUAGAGUUGUAGCUUGUAUGUAAGGUUGUGUGUUUCUGUGUGUGUGCGUGCAUGUGUGUGUAGCUGCCAAAGUAGACUCACUCAAACUGUAGCAUCCUGAGUGACAGUGAAGAUCCGUUGUACUAAACUGAUGCACAGGAGCACUGAAGCACAAGCUGGUGUUAAACCGAUUGAUAACCAGGUGCAUUUUUUCCUUUUUUCUUUUUGUUUGAAGUUUGGUUGGGAGCACAUGUUGUGGUACACGACUGCGGCUGUUGAACUGAUAUUUUGUUACCAAGCAACAAUGAGGACAGAGUACUGUAUCUGUGUUUUAUCUUUAGUCUCUAUGACAACCCUGACAUACAGUAGUGUUUCUGUAAAUAGCUGUAAGGUGAAUGGGUUUUUAUUUUUUUGUUUUUUUUUUUUGCCAUGCAAUGAGUUUAACACCAUUAGCAAGCUGACAUGCAGUAUUUUUUUCAGCUUGGUAAGAUUUGGAAGAUGAAACUAAGUAUUGCAUUUGGCUGUUUCAGUAGUGGUGAUGGUGGGUGGGCAAGAGGGGUGUAUAGUACAAGACCGUUUUGUCCGUUUCUAGCAACUUAGAGGCGCGUGAACUGAUUUUUGUCAAGUGUGUAAUAAGUAUGCUAAGAAACUAGGCUUUUCAAUAUAAAACUCAGCACAGAUGGUUCAGCUGCCUUCAGCUUUUUUUUUUUUUUUUAAUCUGUUUCUUGGUUUUAAGGUGUUUUUUGUUUAUAAGGGGAAACAUGCUGACAGAGAGUGAAGUAUAUCAUCUGUUGGGCCUUUUGACACUGUGAAGUUGCCAUCAUUAUUGUGGUUUGGGUUCUAGCUUUGUUGCAAGUUAAGAACUGGAUGAAGAGCUCAGAGUUUAAAGUGGCUAUAGACAAGUGGUUUUUGCUUUAACUUCAAUGUUGACUACACAAUGUAAUGGUUGUAGAAUAAUUUUUAUACUGGUUCCCCCACUGUGUGAUUCUGCCUGCCGCCGAAUUUGAAGUCUCCCAGGACAGUGAAGGCUCAAUGCCAAAUUAUAUCAGCUGGAGAAAUGCUCUGCUGGGAUUGGUGGUUAGGGUUGGGAGAGUUCAGGGGAUUGGUUAUUCAGGCUAGGGCUGAUCCAGGCUGCGAUUCAAAUCAAAUACUUUCUUCCUUUUUUCCUUCCAGCGUGUACUGCACAUUCCUUUACAAAGCACAUACUGUUGCAUGCUGUAUGUGUACAAGAGGGAGAUACUACUUUCUCAUCAUGUUACCCUAUAUGCUUUGACUGUGUUGCUCAUGUCUGGCAACUCAGAGAGCUCUGUGACUUCAAACAGUUCAAAACUCAGUAUUCAAAUUCAAAAUCAGUAAGUUAAAUGAACUGCAUACUUAAUAAUACAACUAUGUCUUUUAUUCAGUUUAUAUCUGAGAUCAGGGUUUCGAUUUCAAAUAGGAACUCUUCCGUUUGUUUUGUGCUUUGGACUGUAGUCAGGUUGGCAAUGCUAGAAAAACAAACCGUAAGUUUCUUACUUCUCUCCUCUUUCCUAAGUGAUUUCCCCCGUUUUAGUGUUUUCUGUAGUUGCUAGACUUUUCUGUUGCCACUUUAAGCUCUUGGCUCUGGAUUUGCUUUAAGCUUUGCAAGAAAAUUCAAGUAAGUUUAAUUUUAAUGUUAAGUUUUUCUUUAAAAACAUUUCAUAUUCAUCAAUUGAAAAAAAAAAGCAUCAUAGUUAAACAAACAUAAAAAGGUAUUAAGUCUUUAAAUCUCAACAAUUUGGACGAGUACAUUUCUGUUCACAUUUUCUCUGCAAAUUUUCAGUUUGUGUGUAAAAAUAAGUGUCUUUACUGACAGGCAUAAGAUUAUGAUUUCUAUGUCACUAAAAUGUGAUCAGUGCAAGAAAUAUGUGACGUCACUUACCCAGGUGAACCCCUCCCACCUUAAACCAGGAGGAAGAGUCUAUAGAAAAACAAAAGCUCACCUUAAAUCACAGAGGAAGCAGCGUGUUCAUGUCAGACUCCAUCACUGACUGAGAAGCUGAUGGAGAAAAUAAGUGUUCAGUCUUUAACACAGAUAUCUCUAGUGUCAGUGUUCAGAUCAAGAAAAGCUGCUUGAAUUUCAGUUACUUGUUUUUUCCCCCCCUAUUUUCAACAUCCACUGUGUCUUGUGCAUUAACCCUCCUCACGUGUUAAGUCUCGACGUGUUGUACGUCUUGUAAGUGUUGGAUCGGCCUGUUGAUUUAGGCCAGAAAAGGGAAGAAACAUGUCGUCUCCUUUUGCAUCACUUAUGGUUUGGUUUGAUGUGGAGUGGAGAGAGGUGGAUGAGUUCAAAUGCAGCUUUAUGUGGCUGAAACCUUGUCUGAUAAUAGGAAACAUAUAUCAGCUGUUUGUCAUGUCUUUUUUUUUUCCUUUUUCUUUUUGUUCUUUUUUUUUUUUUUUACCAAUAUUUGUAUCCUCUAUUCUGACUUUUGUUUCUUGGAUGUAGAAUAACUGGUUAUGCUACAUGAGGCAGCUGCAUUGCUACUGGGUAAUUGUUGACUUUCUGCAUAAUUUGCAUAUGCAUGUGAAAAUAAUUAUCCAUUCUACCGCCAUGGUUAUGGUAGCAUCGGUUUUACUUCUAUGUGGACUGCAUCAUUUUUAGGAAAAGCUUUGUUUUGACAUUUGUCAGUGUAGUUUACACACAGAGAAAAAGAAAAAAAAACUGCAAACCUGUAUUAAAAAAAAUCUAGAUAUCUUAAAAUGAAGGGAAAUGUGAAUAGCAUGUUAAGUACCAUAACUAAUAUGUUACUUGUGAUCAACACCAUGGGUUUAUUAUUUUUCUAAGCUACUGUUUUUAAAUGGUCUUGGUUUACAGAACUGUAAAUAGACCUUUCCAUUUCCUUUUCUUAUCCUUUUUUUUUUUCUUUUUUCUUUUUCCAAGUAAUUUUUUGUUAAUUUUUAUACAGCACCACAGGAGUCUGUCACUCCGACUUUGAACUAACUAAAGCCUGGGGAUCAGGUUACAGUGCUUGAGAUGAUUCUUAUCCAUCGUUGCAAUGCCCAGAAUGCAUCCGCAUUAAUGGGCGCCAAGUCAGCCACCUUUUAUUUUCUAAACUAUAAUAAUCUCUUGUUUUUAUGCAUAUCAAUUCAUGUUCUUCUGAACAGUGUUUUGUUUGUUUGUUUCCAGAAAUUAUCCUUCAGAGUGUACAUUGAGGUAAAUUACAUAAGAAUGUAGAAUAAAGAUAGUUUGUAAUA